AAUCAUGGUGCCGCUGGGGAGGGGAGAAGCUGCCGCUGCCGCCGUUGCCGGGAGCCGCGGAGACAGGUCAUUACCUUUCCAUUUCUCACAAUUGGGCUGAGCACAAUUGAACCAUGGGGGAACACAGUCCAGACAACAACAUCAUCUACUUUGAGGCAGAGGAAGAUGAGCUGGCCCCCGAUGAUAAGAUGCUCAGGUUUGUGGAUAGAAACGGACUGGUGCCUUCCUCAUCUGGAACUGUUUAUGAUAGGACAACUGUUCUUAUUGAGCAGGACCCUGGCACUUUGGAGGAUGAAGAUGACGAUGGACAGUGUGGAGAACACUUGCCUUUUCUAGUAGGGGGUGAAGAGGGCUUUCAUCUAAUAGAUCAUGAAGCAAUGUCCCAGGGUUAUGUGCAGCACAUUAUCUCACCAGAUCAGAUUCAUUUAACAAUAAACCCUGGUUCCACGCCCAUGCCAAGAAAUAUUGAAGGUGCAACCCUCACUCUGCAAUCGGAAUGCCCAGAAACGAAACGUAAAGAAGUAAAGCGGUACCAGUGCACCUUUGAGGGCUGUCCCCGCACCUACAGCACAGCAGGCAACCUGCGCACCCACCAGAAGACUCACCGAGGAGAGUACACCUUUGUCUGUAAUCAGGAGGGCUGUGGCAAGGCCUUCCUCACCUCCUACAGCCUCAGGAUCCAUGUGCGAGUGCACACGAAGGAGAAGCCAUUUGAGUGUGACGUGCAGGGCUGUGAGAAGGCGUUCAACACGCUGUACAGGCUGAAAGCACAUCAGAGGCUUCACACAGGGAAAACGUUUAACUGUGAAUCUGAAGGCUGCAGCAAGUACUUCACCACACUCAGUGAUCUGAGGAAGCACAUUCGAACCCAUACAGGAGAAAAGCCAUUUCGGUGUGAUCAUGACGGCUGUGGAAAAGCAUUUGCAGCAAGCCACCACCUUAAAACUCACGUCCGUACACAUACUGGUGAACGACCCUUUUUCUGCCCCAGUAACGGCUGUGAGAAAACAUUCAGCACUCAGUACAGUCUCAAAAGUCACAUGAAAGGUCACGAUAACAAAGGACACUUAUACAAUGCACUUCCGACUCACAAUGGAUCAGAGGAUGCAAAUCACUCACUUUGUCUGAGUGACUUGAGCCUUCUGUCCACAGAUUCUGAAUUGCGAGAAAAUUCCAAUACAGGCCCGGAUCUCAGCACACUUUCACCAGCAAUCAUUUUUAAAUCAAUGUUCCAGAAUUCAGAUGAUACGGCAAUUCAGGAAGAUCCUCAACAGACAGCUGCCUUGAUUGAAAGUUUUAAUGGUGAUGCAGAGUCAGUCAGUGAUGUUCCGCCAUCCACAGGAAAUUCAGCAUCUUUAUCUCUUCCACUUGUACUGCAGCCUGGCAUCUCCGAGCCACCCCAGCCUCUACUACCAGCCUCAGCACCGUCUGCUCCUCCGCCUGCUCCCUCCCUAGGAACUGGUUCCCAGCAAGCUGCAUUUGGCAACCCCCCUGCUCUCUUACAACCUCCAGAAGUGCCUGUUCUGCACAGCACACAGUUUGCUGCUAAUCAUCAAGAGUUUCUUCCGCACCCCCAGGCACCACAGCCCAUCGUACCAGGACUUUCUGUUGUUGCUGGGGCUUCUGCGUCAGCAGCGGCAGUGACAUCAGCCGUGGCAGCACCGCCCCAACCACAAAGUACUACUGAGCCCCUGCCAGCCAUGGUCCAGACUCUGCCCCUGGGUGCCAACUCUGUCCUAACUAAUAAUCCCACUAUAACCAUCACCCCGACUCCCAGCACGGCUAUCCUGCAGUCCAGCCUAGUCAUGGGAGAACAGAACUUACAGUGGAUCUUAAAUGGUGCCACCGCUUCACCGCAAAACCAAGAACAAAUGCAGCAAGCGUCUAAAGUUGAGAAGGUGUUCUUUACCGCUGCGGUGCCAGUAGCCAGCAGCACAGGGAGCUCUGUACAGCAGAUCGGCCUCAGUGUUCCCGUGAUCAUCAUCAAGCAAGAGGAGGCCUGUCAGUGUCAGUGCGCGUGCCGGGACUCUGCCAAGGAGCGGGCGGCCGGCAGGAGAAAGGGCUGUUCUUCCCCUCCCCCUCCAGAGCCGAGCCCCCAGCCUCCUGACGGGCCCGGCCUGAAGCUCCCACCACAGACUUUUUCUGCACCCUCUGUCCCCCUCUCGUCAUCCUCUGCCGUACCCUCUUCCUGUGAGCAAAGCAGACAAGCAGAGACUCCUCCAGACCCUCAGACAGAAACGUUAAGUGCCAUGGAUGUGUCAGAGUUUCUGUCCCUCCAGAGCCUGGACACACCGUCCAAUCUGAUUCCCAUUGAAGCACUACUGCAGGGGGAGGAGGAGCUGGGCCUGACCAGCAGCUUCUCCAAGUGAAGGCCCGGGGCGCUCCCCUCCAGGAAGAGGGCGAGCGGGAAGCGCGCCUAAGGUGUGAUGCCUGCCAUCAUGGAGUCAGCAGUUUGAAGGAUGAAGAAAUCUACUGUUUGAAAGCCUCACCUUUCAGAUGUAUUUUCUUUAUUCAUAUCCCAGGAGGAUCCAUUUUAAGGAACUGAUCUUUGGGGGAAAAAAACCAACAAAAAAAAAAAAAGCUAAGUUAUAAAUGAACUGUUUGGCUGCACUGUAUGUCACUUUUGCUUAUUGUCAUGUGAACUUGGAAAUUAAGGUUACUUGUAUGCAUAAAAAUUCUAAAUGAAAGGGUGUGGUUUCCAUCAAUCUGAUGUUGCCCAUCACUUGCACUGGGGCCUUGUGGUUUGGGCAGUGAACUUCAGUGUGUCUAGCGUUGCUCCUCCCCGUGUGUCUUUUGAGUCUGAGGCUGAAGCUUGCUCGGAAGGCCAGAUCCUCACUCCAUCAGAGAGGGAAGUGGCAAAGCAGGCCAGACAGCUGUGAGCUGGACAGGAAUUGGGUGAGAUGGUUUGUUUGUGCUUCGUGUCAGUGGAGCUCAGAGUGAUGGUAGCAGGCGUCUUCCUGCAUCCAGCAGCACAAAUGGGCAGCUAAAAGCCUGGGCCAAAGCUGUGGGGAUGAUCUGGUUCUGCAGGGGCCCAAAGGGUGCUGUUUGCUAUCUGUCAGUGUGUGCAGAGCAGGUUCUAGCAACAUGAUCACAGGCUUUGCCUUCCUGGUUUUUUCUGUCAGUUGGUUGCCAUUGCCGUGAAUUUUUCUGGGGAAACAUCCCUGUUUUGUCCUAGGGUGGACAUGUGGGCUUAUGGCCAAUUGCUGGUCGGUGCUCUGCCUUCCCUUAAUGGCAUUUUUCUUUCUCAGAGCAGAAGGGCUGCAUUUUGCUUAUCAGAAGGUGUAGCUUUAAGGGAGGUUUUUUUUAAAGGUGGCAUGUAAUUGGCAGGCCAGGUAUCCUGGUUCCAGGUUCUAGCCAGGCUUUCCGUUGCCCCUCUCAUCUCAGCCCGUCGCCCCUCUGGAUUUUGCAUACAGCCUAGUACAGUGCAAAGAAGGAUGUGACUUGCUCAGCUUAGUCAUAAGAUUUCUAAACAAAAACAAAAACAAACAAAAAAACACAAAACGAUGAUCUUCUACUCAGGGUAAAAAAAAAAAAAAAAUUCCCCUUCCACCAAAAAGCCUGAAAUGUUGCAAUAAGUUAUCUCAUUUGGAAUGUUUGAUUAAGUUGUGUUAUAUUUAGGAAAGAAUUGUUUUUUAUUUGUGUAUAGAAUUACAUCCUUAUAUAGAAUGCCUGCCUUUAGCUCCAAGUCCUUGCCUCUAAACGUAAAACAUAAAAUACAAUCCACACUAAAAUGGAAAGUUUCUCUCAACUGGCUAUAUUAAUGUAAUCAUGAGUGCUCACUAGGCUGGCUGAGCUCAGAAACUGGGCAUGGCCCAGCGUCUAGACGAGGCCUCUGCCCCCCAAGAGCUCCUUCCCUGCCCAGAGUGAGCAGCAUGGUUCCACAGACAGGGCUGCUCUGCUGAGGCAACGAUGUCAGGCCGGAAGUAGCCGUAGUUUUGCCUUCCUUUUCCACUCCCUGAUGUAAAAAGAUCUGCAUUUGUCACUCUCCUGUUCUCUGAGCCAUUACUCAGGGCCAGCCAAGACAGUAUCCAGAGCAGAUCACUUAGGGAACCAGAAGCUCUGCCUUUAAACAGGAUGUUCAGGGUCAGACUUGGACAGGAGGGCAGUGGUGGUGAACGUUGUUACUGCCAUGAGGAGAAAUGGGUUUAACCCACAAGCUGCUGAUGGCUUCUCAUCCAAGGAGUCUAGGCAGGAGAACUGGUUCCCUUUUGACCUUCUACACUCCCCUCCCCUCUACAAGGCUGGUGGGUUCUGGAGACCAUUGACCUCAGCAGAAAUUGACAAGACAGGAGGAAUCUUCUGUUAACACAGUGGGUUCGUCCGGAAAAGCCAACUGCUGAGCAUGGCUUGUCCUUGGCUGUCUCUGGACCUUGAACCCAUAGGAAGCUUUGAGGUUAGGACCCUUGCUAUUUUUCUCUACCUCUUCUGAGAGAGAGCAGCACAGCGGGACCCCACAGGUAUGUGGGAGGAGGGCAGGAGCAACCUCCUCCCACACCUGGAGUCACCUGGGACCCAGUUCCCUGGGAGCUGAGGCAGGAAACAGCAGUCCGGGGAAAGCCACGAGAAGCAUCCAUGGUUUCAAUUUUGCUUCUUUCUUUGUUAGCCAGGGCGGUACUACCAUUUUGAGCCUACCCAUGGCGGUGGCUUUUCCGCUCUCCAAAGACUGGGGGUGAUGAAGAAGCAUCUUAAAACAGUGUUUACGCUGACAGAUUUUUCCGGUUCAAGUGUCUGCCUUUUGAGGGUGAUUUGAGAUUACAAGGGGGACUAUCAAAUCGAAUCAGCUUUUGAAAAAUCAGGAGUGUGCUUAAAAUGUGAGUGGUCAUAAAGAGUAGGUUUGUUCCAUAGGGUAGAUGGUCUUUCCUUCCUCUUCCAGCACUCUCUCCCCACCCCCUUCUGCCAGCCUGGCCCUUAGUUCCAGGACUUUGGAGAAGAGCAGGCAGCUGGCUAAAGGGGAGCCAGACAGAGCCUUCACGGGGAAGGUGGUUUCCUAAACCCAGGGAUGAACCGAGGGUAAGGUCAGGGAAGGCCUGCAGACUUCUCGCAGGUGGAAUCAAGCCCUUUUUCUUCCCUUGGUAACCAUAGCCGUUUUCACCCUGUAGAUUUAUAUUCCAGUUCCCACUAGCGUCUCUAGCUGUACUCCUCCUUUACAGGGUGCUAGUCCGCAUCGGGAAUUGGAGUUCACGGGCUUGGGGGUGGUAGGAAACCUUGGCUGGCGUUGCCAAACUGCCUUAGUGAAUUUGGGCCUUCCUAGGCGGGGGUGGGGCAUUGAGGGAAAGCAGCCCUACCUUUCCUGACAGGGUCUGGUCAACCUCAUGAGGGCAUCAUGUUUGGUGACAGGAGUUAGUGUCAAUUUAUUGAAUUC